AUGUGCAAAGAUAAUUCCUUUACUGCUCUUCUAGUAUAUGUAGAUGAUGUGAUCCUUGCAGGGAAUUAUUUAAAAGAAUUUGAGAGAAUCAAGCUUAUUCUUAAUGAUGCUUUUAAAAUAAAAGAUCUUGGGCAGUUGAAGUAUUUCCUUGGAUUAGAAGUGGCUCAUUCAAAGGCUGGAAUUACAAUUUCACAAAGGAAAUAUUGUUUGGACCUUCUCAAUGAUUCUGGUUUACUUGGUUCUAAGCCGACUUCCACUCUCGACACCUCAAUCAAGUUGCAUAAUGAUAAUUCAACACCUCUUGAGGACAUCUCUUCAUACAAAAGAUUAGUUGGCAAGCUUCUUUACUUGAACACAACAAGGCCAGAUAUCACUUUUUCUUCCCAACAGCUGAGUCAGUUUAUGCACUCACCUACUGCAACACAUUACAAAGCAGCGUGCAGGGUGGUGAGGUAUCUCAAGCAAAAUCCUGGCCGUGGUAUUUUCUUUGACAGAAAUUCUGACUUACAACUUCUUGGCUACUCGGAUGCAGACUGGGUAGGUUGUUUGGACACACGACGCUCCAUUUCUGGGCAUUGCUUCUUUAUAGGAAAAUCCUUGAUAUCCUGGCGGGCGAAGAAACAACCCACUGUGUCAAAGUCCUCGUCUGAGGCAGAAUAUCGAGCCUUGUCAUCCGCUGUGUGUGAAAUACAGUGGUUGUUGUAUUUGCUUAAGGACCUAAAUAUGUUGUGCACCAAGAUUCCCGCAUUGUAUUGUGAUAAUCAAAGUGCAAUUCACAUAGCGUCAAACCCGGUUUUUCAUGAGAGAACGAAACACUUGGACAUAGACUGUCAUCUUGUGCGUGAGAAAGUGCAGAAAGGAAUUCUCAAACUUCUCCCCAUCUCAUCUUCUGAGCAGCUUGCAGACUUCCUCACAAAGGCUCUUCCUCCACCAAAGUUCCAUUACUUCAUCUCCAAACUUAACAUGAUAAACAUUUAUCAUGCUGCAGUUUGA